GUAUAAGAGAAUCUGAGCUGUUGAGUUUCCCAGGACUUUCCAAAACAUUCAUGUUGUGAUUGUAUGCAAAGACUGAAAAACAUGAAGAGUCUUGUGUUCUUCUUCACACUGUUUAUCAUCUCCAUGGCUGAGAGACAAGAUCUCACAGGUAAAAUGUUCACAUUUCCAGUGGAGUCCAAUACUGUUCAUGUGUCGCUAAAACCUGAACAAAACAAACCAUUCACCGCUGUGACUGCGUGUCUGCGAUUUUUCUCUGAUUUACAAAGACCUCAUAGUCUGUUCUCUCUGUCCAUCCCAUCCUCUGACAAUGCUUUUCUAAUUUUCAAAAGAAAGGAGGCAAACCAGUACGCUGUAUGGGCAAAUGGUGGGGAAACUGUGUUCAAGGGCUUAGAGUAUAAACUCAAUGCCUGGAACUCAGUCUGUGCCACAUGGGAUUCUCUCACAGGAAUCGCUCAGUUAUGGAUAAAUGGAAACCCAAGCUCAAGAAGAAAAGCUAAAGCCGGUGUUUCAAUAAAUGGAACUCCUAAAAUCAUUUUAGGUCAAGAGCAGGACAAGUAUGGAGGAGGAUUUGAUGCCUCGCAGUCUUUUGUUGGAAUGCUCACUGAUGUUCACAUGUGGGAUUCUGUACUCUCUCCCAAAGACAUCUGGUAUUACACAGAGGACUUUCAGGUUACACCGGGGAAUGUUCUCAAUUGGGGCUCUCUUGAGUUCAGCAAGCACCUGGAGGUAGUCAUUGAAAGCCUGGAAACCUCAAAAAAUGGUGCUUACUCAGUUCAAAGUUCAAAACUAGCUCAGUGAACAAACACUUCUUCCACAUUGAUGAUUUCUAAUAAACGGUAUGUCAUUUACAGCAGACAAAAUCA